AGAUAUCGAUGCAAGGUUGGCGGAGAGUGGAAGCCUCUUGAUGCAUUUUCCAAGAACCAACAGAGGUUCAUUCAGUUCCAGAUAGACCGUCGACAUCCCAUCGAUGCAGCAAACUCGGGAAUGACAUGCAAAGAGCACACGUCUGGCCAACGCACGGAGAUGACUUGUGACUUGUGCGGACUCGUCAAGCCCUUGAGUGAGUUCAGUGGCAAUAGCAAGAGGCAUGAGAGUGCUCAUUGUAAAAGAUGCACAGCAUGGAUGGAGACCCAGGAGCCAGAAGUUGUACCUGCACCGCUCGAGACAGGCCACAUCUCCGUCGAGGAGGAGCGUGGAGAAAUGUGGCCAGCUUCUUUCGUUGACGACACCGAUUUCUUUUCCGACGAUCUCUUGCCCCAGGCUCCAGUCACUGGUCUAUCGUCUCUUGGCUUGGGAGACAUUGAUCCUUCUCUUCUUGAUAUCUCCUCCAUCCUCAGUAGCCGUCUGGCUCAUUCUGCCUCUGGAGCGGUUGCUAAACCAGGACCAAAAUACAUCUCGCCCCACUUGAAACUGCCCCCGCAUCUUCGUGGCAUCAUGAUGCAGCAAUCGACGCCUUCUCAGCAUGCUAAUGCUUCUGACUACGCACCCAGCGAAAGCGACUUCAACCCAAGCAGCAUUUCCACGGCUACGACGGCGAGAGAGAUGAAGGAUGCCAGCAAACCACGUCGUAUAUCUUUCAACGCUUGGGAUCCGACAGGAGUGCCGCACCGAAACGUCAAGUCACUCACAGCAAGCUCGAUUGUAGACAACUCGAGCAAAGCCCCUAGCGACGCGGGAGAAGGACAAACCUCCUCGGCGAAUUUUGGAGUCUCAGGUAGAAACAACUGGGUGAAAUCUAAGGAUGUUAGUGUCUUUCCCUUUUUAUGUAUCUAUCUUUUGUUUCAUUGA